GGGAGAAGCAUGCUGAAGCAGGUGUUAAUCGGGGUCAUGUGCGGCACGGCAGUGCUGACCAUGGGCAUCCUCCUCGGCCACUAUGGCAUCCAGAAAGGGAGCACGGCGCCAUCCUGGGUGAACGAGGUGGCGCAGGAUGUGGACGAGAACCUAAUCGAGAAGUUCCUGGCUGAGGUGGACAACAUACAGAUCCAAGAGAGCCUGAGAACGCUGACUGAGAUGCCCCAUAUGGCUACCACAGCUGGAGAUGAGAAAACGGUCCUGUACAUGCUACAGAGAUGGCAGGACCCAGACACCGGCCUUGACCAGGCCUGGAGAGAGGAAUACAUGGUCUACCUCUCCUUCCCUGACCCCAGCAAACCCAACAAAGUCACUGUUGUGAACCCCUCCAACAUUGUGCUGCACAUGGCCAGAGAAAAAGAGAAGACUUAUCCACCAGGCCAAGAGGAUCCCACAGUAGUCCAGCCAUACGCUGCCUACUCUCCAGCUGGGCACUGUAAGGGGAAAUUAGUGUACGCCAACCAGGGGAAACCAGAUGACUACCAACUAUUGAACCAGACACUGGAUCUGAGAGGAACCAUCGCCAUCACCCAUUACGGUGGAGCAGGACGAGCUGAUAAAGCCAUCAAUGCAGCACCGUACGGCGUCAUCGGUGUACUUGUGUACACAGACCCAUUGGACAUCAACGAUGGUCUCAUGUCUGAUAUCAAUGAGACAUACCCUCACUCUUGGUAUCUGCCCCCCUCCAGUGUGGAAAGAGGUUCCUUCAACACCCACUACGGAGACAUGCUCACACCCUACUUGGCUGCCAAAGAGGCAACCUACAGAAUUCCAGUUGAGAACAUUACAGGGAUCCCUCUGAUUCCAACUCAACCGAUUGGAUUUGAGGAUGCAUACGUAUUAAUCUGCAAGCUGGGUGGCAAGGCCGCGCCCCCCUCAUGGCAGGGAGCGUUCAACUGCACCUACAACUUUGGAGGACCAGGAUUCCAACCCACAUCUGGUUUCAAAAACAGUGAUGUCAAACUGGACGUUGAUAACCGCAGGGAACUGAAGAACUCCUCCAACGUGAUGGGGGUCAUCAGAGGCGGCGUUGAACCGGACAGGUAUGUGAUCUACGGUAACCAUAGAGACAGCUGGGUCCACGGCGCCAUUGACCCAAGCAGUGGGACGUCAGUCAUGCUGGAGAUAACCAGGGUGUUGGGCCGCAUGGUCAGACAGGGGAAAUGGAGGCCUCGAAGGUCCAUCGUCUUUGCCAGCUGGGGAGCAGAGGAGUUUGGCCUGAUUGGGUCUGCGGAGUAUACUGAGCAAUACUACGCCAAACUCAGCGAACGCACUGUCGCUUACAUCAAUGUGGACAUAUCAGUAUUUGCCAAUGCCACCCUGAGAGCCUCAGCAAUGCCUUCAGCACAAAGCGUAAUUUUCAAAGCUGCCAAACAGGUCAAAGCACCCGGAUUGGUUUCUACAUCAGUUUAUGACAACUGGAUCCGAUACUCCAACAGAACUAGCCCAGCACAUGGACCAAUUCCCAGGGUGGGAUUCCUGUCAGGUGCAGGGAGUGAUUAUGCAGCCUUUGUGCAUUACCUGGGCAUCACCUCCAUGGACAUUUCCUAUACGUACGACAGGACCAAAACAAAGGCUCGAAUUUACCCGGCAUACCACACAGCAUACGACACCUUUGACUAUGCCUCAAAGUACAUUGACCCUGGGUUCAUCAGUCACCAGGCAGUGGCCAGGACUGCGGGAAACGUCCUCAUACGGCUGGCAGACAGCCUGGUGUUACCAUUCAACUGCAGUGACUAUGCUGAGAGUCUGGAGGACUACCUCAGCACCGCACUGGUCCACUUCCAAGAUAAACUAAUGGCUGAAAACAUCACCAUGGAACCACUUAAAGAGGCCGUGGCCAAGUUCCGCUCAGCGGCCACCCAUUUGGACCAGGUGAUUCAGAAUUCAGACCUGGCCAACGAAAUACCACUAAAGGUGCGAAGGAUCAACAACCAGCUGAUGUUUCUGGACCGAGCCUUUUUAGACCCUCUAGCUUUCCCUGAUAAGUACGCCUACAGGCAUGUCAUCUGGGCGUCCAGUGACGCCCGCCUGCCCACUUUCCCGGGUUUGGCUGAUGCCGUCACCGACGCCAUGUCAUCCGGAAAGACUGGCAGUUGGAGAAAGGUGCACCACCACCUGUCAAUCCUGAGCCAGGCUAUUGAGGGGGCUGCCCACACACUGACGGAUGUGAUAUAA